CAUAAAAUUCUAGGGUUUUAGCAAAACAAAUCAAUCAAAAAAAAAUGUCUCGAACCCUAACUCGAGCUUCUACUUCACUAAUCAAGCAAUUCCUGGUUCAUCCACAGAAACCCAUUCUGAAUCAACAACCUCAAAAACUGUUGUUAACUCAGAAAAUCACUCCAAAUCUUUUCCCAUCUUUUCAAAAUUUUCAAAACAACAGGAUUUAUUCCCCAGAAAGUGAAGAAGAAAUCAUGAAUAGACUUUCUUAUCAAGGGUUUUUGUAUCCUUGUGGGCUUCCUUCUCUUCGAUUCUUCUUACCUGAAGUUGAUGAUUCUUCCUCAAGCGAGCCACUGUCCUUGCUUCCUAAACGGACAUACCAACCUAGCACGAUCAAGCGUAAGCGUAGACAUGGAUUCUUUGCCCGCAAGGCGACAGUAGGUGGUAGGAGAGUCCUUGCACGCAGAGUAGCAAAGGGUCGAUCAAGGAUCACAGUGAUAUAACUCAAAGCUUCUCAAUAAAGGUCCAAGAAAAUGUUAGGCUAAAUCUUCCACCGGCUUGAACACUCAACACUUACUUGGUGUAUAGAGUAAAUCAGUAGAUACUAUUUACUCAUUUGCAGUAACUCAACCAGCUAUGUGCUUCAAAGUCAAGAUGGAAUGUCCCAUUUAUUUAUCUUUGUCAGAUGGUGAAAAUGCUUUGGUUGAACUGUUUAAACUUAAAUCUUCACUGUUUAAGGGGAUUGUUACUUCUUGAAUGAGAUGGUUUUUCCAAUACCUUUCGAUUAUAUGUUUAAUUUUAUUUUUUUCUUCA